AUGGCGACGGAGAAAGUUUUCAACGGAAGAGAAGAAUUUAGCGAUUCGUCAAACACGUUCCAUUCAAUUCUAUCAUUAUCGUUGUGGUUAGGAUGGAUUCACUUCAACAUUGCUUUGGUCCUCUCCGCUAUAUUCUUACUUCCUCUCUCCAAAUCUCUCUUGGUUAUAGGUUUUCUGUUAUUGUUCGUGGUGCUUCCACUGGGAGCUAAGAGUAAAUUUGGCAGAAGAUUGUCUAGGUACAUAUGUAAACAUGCUUGUAGUUACUUUCCAAUCACGCUUCAUGUGGAGGAUAUAAAAGCCUUUGAUCCUAAUCGUGCUUAUGUUUUUGGUUAUGAACCACAUUCAGUUUUGCCAAUUGGCGUUAUUGCACUAGCUGACAACACAGGUUUCAUGCCUAUUCCAAAAGUUAAAGUUCUUGCUAGCAGUGCGGUGUUCUACACACCAUUUUUAAGACACAUAUGGACAUGGUUGGGUCUUACAGCUGCGUCAAGGAAAAAUUUUACCUCCCUGUUAUCUGCUGGCUAUAGUUGCAUUUUAAUACCUGGUGGAGUUCAAGAGACAUUUCUCAUGCAACAUGGUUCUGAGAUUGUUUAUCUAAAGUCAAGAAGAGGUUUUGUCCGCAUAGCAAUGGAGAAAGGCCAUCCCUUAGUUCCAGUUUUCUGCUUUGGUCAGUCAGAUAUCUACAAGUGGUGGAAACCUGGUGGAAAGUUCUUUCUGAACUUUUCUAGAGCUAUCAAGUUCACCCCAAUAUAUUUUUGGGGUAUUUUCGGAUCCCCAAUACCGUUUAGGCGUCCAAUGCACGUGGUGGUAGGUAGGCCAAUUGAACUCAAGAAAAAUCCAGAACCAACCACGGAGGAGGUUGCCAAGAUACACAGUCAGUUUGUGGAAGCACUUCAAGAUCUCUUCGAAAGGCACAAAGCUCAGGCUGGCUAUCCCAGCCUUGAGUUAAGAAUUGUUUGA